AUGAUAGGUUUCGUGGCGUUUUGUGUGUUUUCGAGCGCAUUUUAUUUCCACGCUUUGGACAUAGGGAAGAUAUUGGUGGGCAUUGGAGCGACGCUUUGUCCCCUGCUGGCCAUCACUUGCACCUAUGGCAUAGUGUCGAUGACAGGAUCACGAGUGAAUUCACUGCUUUUUGUGAUGCCAUUUCUUAUCAUGGGUGAGUCGACGCGGCGUUUCUCAUGGUUCAACUCAUGGCAGAGACAAAUAAGGCAUAAUUACAGCAGUCCGCAGAGAAUGAGUGUAGUUUAUGAGGAAUGUGGGCCAAGUAUCAGCAUCACUUCCGUAACAAAAUGUGCUUUCAUUCGGAAUCGGUGCUCUCACACCAACGCCAGAGAUCCGUCUAUUCUGCCUGGGACUAGCUCUCUCCAACAUGGCUUGAACCUGAACAGUGUCCUAGAAACCAUUCGUACGAAUACACUGCAGUAUUGUGAGCAA